AUGGUUCGCGUUUCCGUUCUCAACGACUGCCUGAACUCGAUGGUCAACGCCGAGCGCCGUGGAAAGCGCCAGGUGCUUAUCCGCCCCUCGUCGAAGGUCGUCAUCAAGGUCCUCUCGGUCCUCCAGAAGCACGGCUACAUCGGCGAGUUCGAGGUCAUCGACGACCACCGUGGUGGCAAGGUCGUCAUCCAGCUUAACGGCCGUCUCAACAAGACCGGCGUUAUCUCGCCCCGCUUCAACAUUGCCGUUGACGCCAUCGAGAACUGGGUCGCCCUCCUCCUCCCUGCCCGUUCGUUCGGCAAGAUCAUCCUCACCACCUCGGCCGGUAUCAUGGACCACGAGGAGGCCCGUCGCAAGCACGUCGGUGGCAAGAUCCUCGCCUACGUCUACUAG